AUGACUAAUAAUCAUAAAGGUUGGCACGAGCAAUUGCCUUAUGCUUUAUUGGGAUACCGUACUACAGCCAGAACUUCAACCAGAGCAACUUCAUACUUGCUGGUCUAUGGAACUGAAACAGUCAUACCUGCUGAAGUUGAGAUACCUUCCCUAAGGAUCAUCCAAGAAGCAGAAUUGGACAAUAUUAAAUGGGUCCAGGCUUGGUAUGAGCAGUUGUCUUUAAUUGAUAAGAAAAGGAUAGCUGCGGUAUGUCACAGUCAAUUGUACCGACAAAGAAUGGCAAGAUCUUUCAACAAGCGAGUCAGAACCAGACUUUUUCAGAUCGGGCAAAUGGUGCUCAAAAGGAUUUUUCCACAUCAAGAUGAAUACAAAGGGAAAUUUGCUCCCAACUGGCAAGGUCCUUAUGUGGUUCGCAAAGUACUCUCCGGAGGCGCAGUAAUAUUGGCAGAAAUGGACGGACAAGAGUGGCCAAAGUCCAUCAACUCAGAUGCAAUUAAGUGCUACUAUGCAUAA